AUAGUUUUGACACAAACGGCACCUCAUAGUUCCAGAAUCUUUAAUAUAGCAAUACAAGACAUUUUAAAUAAAACUGUCAACAAAGAUGAAGAACUUAAUUCUACUGUUCACCGUCGUUGCUAUGGGAACCAUAGCGUCUGCUGGAUCUAUUUUUCAAUCUCACCAAAAUACAGUGGUGUGCCCCGUCCAAGGCCAGAUAUUCAAGUUUUGCGCGUCGGCCUGUACUGCUUACUGCACCACCCCCUUCCGUUUCCGUUUCUGUACACAUCAAUGCACACAAAGAUGUGAGUGUCCUGCAGGACAGGUUAUUGAUAAGAACAAGAAUAAAUGUGUUCCACGAAAUCAGUGCCCACGAGAUGUAUGCGUCGUAAAUGGGGUGACUUACAAUGUUGGAGACUAUUUCAAAGACCGAUGCAAUUCCUGCACGUGUGGUAACAGUGGCAGGGCAAUUUGUACCAAGAGGGCCUGCUGGAGUAACACUAUAGGUUGACGUUGCAGCAAGACCUUGGAGAAGGACUGAUUUUGACUGGAAAUGACACAAAUGGUCAUGGACUGUAGAUAUUAAUAGACAGAUUAUUACUCAUAAUUUAUAGAGACCAGCCGUGCAUGUUAGCUCUUAUAAAAUUAUAGCUCCUCUGUUACUGAUUAUAUAAUUUUUGUCCUUGUAGCUUCAACAACAAAAGCAUUUGAGUUUUCA